AGGUGCAAUUUCAAAGCAUACUGCCUGUUUAGUUUCUUGAAUACAUUCAUUUACUGUAUACCUGCAGGCUGGGUAUGGGGAGAACACGGAUUUUUGAAAAAAAUGGGCGCCGUUGAUAUUGCUGGUUCAGGAGCAGUUCACUUGAUAGGAGGGAGCGCUGCCCUAGCUAGCGCUUUGAUGUUAGGUCCCCGUUUAGGCAGAUAUGACCAAGGGAUCGGUCCUUUGCCUCUGGGAAACCCCGUCAAUGCAGUGAUGGGACUAUUUGUACUUUGGUGGGGAUGGCUAGCUUUCAAUUCAGUAUUUUGUACACGAUGA